AGUAUUAUUCCUUUCUUCUCAAGUUAUUAUUGAGUGGAGAUUAUUUCUGAUUCCAUCUCUGAUGAGAAUUCCUGUGCAUGGAGAACACAGCUCCAUUUGUCCCUAUUGUUGUCUUAUCAUGUUAUUUUUUGUUGUAGUUUAGUUUGUGUUACCAUCAAAAUAUUAUGACAGGCAUAUUCUUCAUGGAUGCACUCGUUAGUGAUUCAGACUGGGAGACUAACAGUGAAAGCAACAGUGAGUAUCAAGAGGACAUCGAUUUUCUCUACGGGGGCCAAGCGCAGAGCAUAUUAUCAAGUUUAGAGGAAAGCAUCGGGAAGAUUGAUGGUUUCCUCUCAUUCGAGAGAGCCUUUGUCCAUGGAGAUGUUGUCUGCUCCUUGGCAGACCCAUCUGGACAGAUGGGAAGGGUCAUUGGUGUUGAUAUGUUUGUGGAUUUGGAAAAUGUUCAGGGAAAGGUCUAUAAAAACGUGAACUCCAAGAAACUUAGAAGGAUUCGCUCUGUUUCGGAAGGUGAUCAUGUAAUUAAGGGGUCAUGGCUUGGUCGGGUUCAUAGAGUGGCAGAGAAAGUUACAGUAUUGAUGGAUGAUGGAGUUGAAUGUGAUAUCAUUGCCUUGGAAAAAGAGAAGCUUUUACCACUAACUCAGAAUUUCCCUGAAGAUUUUCCAUAUCCAUAUUAUUCAGGGCAGAGAGUGAAGGUUAAGUCCCCCAGUGGUUCAAAAUCGGCCAGAUGGCUAUGUGGCACUUGGAGGGAUUAUCAAGAUGAAGGAACUGUUUGUGCUGUGGAAGCAGGUCUGGUGUAUGUUAAAUGGCUUGCCUCGGUUGCCACGGAUUGCAGUUUGAAUGUGAAUGCACCAUUAUGCUGGCAAGAUUCGAAAAACUUGACCGUGCUGUCAUGCUUUUCGCAUGCAAACUGGCAGCUUGGUGAUUGGUGCAUGCUAUCAGUUGCAGAACAGAAAGAACACAUUGCUCCUACUACAAUGGUGCAUAAGAUGGCAAGAGGAUACAAGAGAAGAAACCUUGACUCUAGAGAGUUGUUUACUAUUGGGAAGAUCAAGACCAAAGUUGAUGUUGUGUGGCAAAAUGGUGAGCAUUCUACAGGACUAGAUCCAGAGGAAUUACUCCCUGUGAAUGUCAUAAAUGCACAUGAAUUUUGGCCUCAUCAGUUUGUGCUUGAAAAAUGUGCUUCUUAUGAUCCUCUUAAGCCUAAUGAUCAAAGAUGGGGUGUUGUCCGAUGUGUCGAUGCAUUGGAGCAUACUGUUAAGGUACAAUGGAAAGCUGUUUCCAUUUCCAAUGAAGAUAAUUUUGCUGGAGACAAAACGGAGGAAACUGUGAGCGCCUACGAACUUGUAGAGCACCCGGACUACUCCUUUUGUUUUGGUGAUAUUGUGUUUGCGGCUCAAAAACAGCUUGGGGACCAAGCUGGUAAAGAUAAUGGCAAGUCAGUGACUGACUUGAAGGCGGAGGCUACUCUUGAAGAUGGGAACCAAGUUCAUUGUCUAGAUGAGUUCCCUGAUAAUCCUUUCCUGUGCUGUGUCGGGAAUGUUACUGGUUUCGAAGAUGGUAACAUGGAGGUGAAUUGGGCUAAUGGUUUCACAACCAAGGUUGCACCUUAUGAAGUUUUUCGAAUUGAAAAACCUGAAGGUUCAGCUGUUACCUCCAUUCCUCAUGAAACUAAUGUUGAUGAGUUACCUCAAGAGAUAAUUGAACACAGAAGUCUACCCUCUGACAAGAAGGAAAAGGACUUGUUAAAUAGUGAUGGUGUUAGAGAGAUUUGUGAAAAGCAAUUCGGGGAGUGUAGUUCCUUUUCCCUUCCUCGAGCCGCCUUUGAACUUUUCUCCAGCAUUAAAGCCAGCAUAUUCCAGACACUUGGUGCAACACCCCUUUCAGGAGCAGUUUCCUCAGUACCCACAUAUGAAGAGGAGAAUGGAUCUGAUUUUCUUGAUAAUAAAGAUUUGGAAACUUGUAACCAAUGCACUCACUCACAUCCAGUGGAUAAGUUGCAAUUUAUUGAAGAAAUAACUCCAAAUCCAGAAGUCAUCAAGACUCAUGAACAUAAUGAUUCUCCAUUCUCUUUCCACAACAAUAAUUCAAAUCAGUUUCAGCAAUUUGACAUAAUAGAAAAUUGCUCUGACCAUCACUUCUUUGGUGAUGGUAGAGCAUUGACAUUAUCUCAGGUGAAAAGAGGCUGGGCAAAAAAGGUUCAGCAAGAAUGGAACAUCCUCGAGAAAAAUCUUCCUGAAACUAUUUAUGUUCGUGUGUUUGAAGAAAGAAUGGAUCUCAUGCGUGCAGCGAUUGUUGGUGCAUCCGGAACCCCGUAUCAUGACGGGAUGUUCUUCUUUGAUAUAUGUUUCCCUCCUGAGUAUCCCAAUGAACCACCUAUGGUGCACUACAAAUCUGGUGGACUCCGCUUAAACCCUAACUUAUAUGAGUCCGGGAGAAUCUGUCUGAGUCUCCUGAAUACUUGGACUGGUGCAGGCUCUGAAGUUUGGAACCCGAGAAGCUCCACAAUUCUACAAGUCCUUAUCUCUCUGCAGGCCCUUGUCCUUAAUGAGAAGCCUUAUUUCAAUGAGGCAGGAUACGACCAACAAAUCGGCAGAGCCGAGGGAGAGAAGAACUCUGUGAGUUAUAAUGAGAAUGCCUUCCUUGUCACAACCAAAUCAAUGUUGUAUCUGCUAAGAAAUCCACCUAAGCAUUUUGAGGCACUUUUGGAAGAACACUUCAGAAAACGGUCCAAACAUAUUCUUCUUGCAUGUAAAGCAUAUAUUGAAGGAGCUCCAAUUGGAUGUGGUUUUGAAUGUGCGAAAACUGAGCUUGAAACCCAGAAGGGGACUUCCACAGGGUUUAAAAUUAUGCUUUCUAAGAUCCUCCCGAAGCUAGUAGAGGCCUUUUCUGAUAUGGGAAUUGAUUGCAGUCAUUUUGUUGAGCACCAAAAUUCAGUUCCCUGGUAAAAAUUGUAUUUCCCGACCAAGAUAUUCCAAUCAUAUGUAUAUAAUAUUAGUAUGUUUACACGUAUCUGUUGUAUACGUUCAAGUAUCAAAUGUAUGCUUUUCUGAGACACCAAUCUCAGCUGGGUUUUGUACACAAUAGAUUAGAGGUUGUGGCAUCAUGUAUGUGUAACUAUGUAUCAUAUGGCUUGCAGCUGUAAAAUAUGAAAUAAGAAAUAAAAUAAAUUAUUGAAGUGAUUUGCAUGAAUCA